AUGAGUCAUGUGUCGGGUUGCGAUGGUGAGGCAUCUUUAGAGCCAUCUGGGUAUAGAGUAGUGAAUUUGAGCACUGCUGCGAAUGUUCAUGGACUACAUGUGUUAGUUGAUUAUAUAGUUGAAGUGAAUGGCCAGCCUGUGGACGGAAGCCUGCCAUUGGGGGUUCUGCUGGCUGGUACGAAGGGACCAACUGCGGAAGUCAUGAUUUAUAACUUGAUAGAGAACUCCGUGCGGUCAGUGGGUAUAAUCCGAAAUCCCAUGGGUCAAUUCUCAUUGGGAGCCACGGUGCGUUAUGAGUAUAUACAAGAAGCAGUUGAAAACGCCGUGAAGGUGAUUAGUGUCAAGAAGGAUUAUCCCGGGGAUGAGGCAGGGCUAGUUGCUGGGGAUGACUAUUUAAUAGCACUGGGCUCUGGAGAAACGCUGAAUGGCACAGCUCCUUUGUACAAAGCCGUACAGGCAUUGGACCCCUCCAAGUUAGAGGGAGUGUCCGUAUACGCGUUUAGUGUUCGCGAGAGUACUGUGAGACGGGUGGAACUAAUUCCCCGGAUGGAGCCGAAUAAUCGGUACGUGCUCGGAAUUGAGCUAGAAGAAACGAGCUUACCUCUAGAAGAAAUAAAAGGACAGUCAUCGACGGUACAACCCUGGCAGCUCCUUCAAAGCAAACGAGAAAUUGGUACACAGACAGAGGAGUUGUCAUCCCAAUUGUUCCAAUACGUCAUGUCGACUAAUUGCUAG